AUGAUUCCUCUUACUGAUCCAAUAUUAAUCAUAUUUGGUACAUUUAUACUUCAUCAAUUAUUAUUUUGGAUUUAUAAUGGCAUUAUAUUACUUUUUACACAUAUCAUAUAUCCAAAUCGUUCAAAGGAAUAUAAAAUUCAAAAAGAUGUUUAUGUCGAUACAAAACAAGUUAAAGAAUGUGCAAAAACAGUCUUAAUAAAUCAAAUAUUUAUUCUUUUGCCUGCUCUUAUAUUGACUUGUCCAUUAUUUUUACAUUUGGGUGUUAAAUGGCAUAUACCAUUUCCUCCAUGGUAUCGAAUUAUGUUUGAAUUAAUUAGUUUUCUUGGUGUAACCGAAAUCUUUUUCUAUUACAGUCAUCUUAUACUUCAUUUUUCAUCUAUAUAUGAAUAUGUACAUAAAAAACAUCAUCGAUUUCGUGCACCUAUUGGUAUAGCAUCUGAAUAUGCACAUCCUAUUGAAUUUAUUAUAUCAAAUAUUGGUCCUGUUAUUGUUGGUCCAUUGUUAUUUCGAUCACAUUUAUUAACUACAUGGUUAUGGAUUUUUUUUGCACUUAUUGGCACAAUUAAUCAUCAUUCCGGAUAUCGAUUACCUGGUAUAUUAGGAAAUGGUCUUUCUAAUCCAGCUUUUCACGAUUUUCAUCAUGCACAAUUUACAAAUAACUUUGGUCUCUUGGGUAUACUUGAUCGAUUACAUGGAACCGAUAAGGCAUGGCAAGCAAAAAAGCUUAAACAACAAAAAAUAAAAAAUCGAGAGAAGUAA